AUGGAUGUUUGGAAAUUGGCACCGGUAAGGUGGGAUGGAUUAGAGGACAAACAAUAUAAUCGGUGGCUGUGGUGGGAGAAAGCUACGCAAUCUACUUCAAAGCACAUUGGACCUGACCGAGUGAGCCUCACCAUCAAUAUUUUUUGGCAAAUCUGGACAGCACGAAACAGAAGAGUCUUUGAAAAUGAAUACCAGAACCCACCCAAAAUUGUCUCAAAAGCACAAAUGGAAUGGAUGGAAUAUAAGCAAGCAAGGGAGGAAGAAAAGGAGCAGAAUGCAACUGCCAACAUCAGUGAGCAUCAGACACGAAGAGAAACAGCAAGGGACGAUGAUGUUUGCAUGUUCACGAAUGCUGCGAUAUCAGCAAAGAUGAUAAGGACGGGGCAAGGAAUUGUUGCAAGAAAGUGGAACGGAAUGAUCAUGAAAGCAAAAGCGAUAGUCAAUCAAUAUAAGGGGGAACCAAGUACGGAAGAAGCUUUGGCAAUUAGGAAUGCAAUGCUAAUGGCUAAACAGGUAGGAUGGACUAAAAUUAUAAUCCAUUCGGAUAGCAAAUCAGUAAUAGACCAGAUACAUAGAAGCAAUGAGUAUGAAGUUAACAUUGCAACUAUUCUAGAAGAUGCGCAAGAUUUGACAACACAUUUUGAAAGUUGUAGGUUUGUGUUUAUAUCUAGAACAGAAAAUGAAAUCAGCCAUGUUCUAGCUCAAUUUGCUGUCCAGCUAGUGCAUGAUAUUGAAUGGGAACAAGAUUUCCCAGUUUGGCUGAUGGAUUUAGUGAGGAAGGAAAUGAGGGUAGUAGCCCCUUUUUUGUAA